GGCGAUAACGCGCACGCCCAACAAUGCAGCCAAUGGCUGGAGCUGACGUUGACUUUGCUAGGUGAGCGGCGCAAACUGUCACCGGCACUGGGAUACACACACGUGACCCGGAGUUGCGCGAUUUUGUUCUUGGAAUACUGAUUGUGUCGGAGUUGUCGUGGGAAAGGAUUGGAUUCCGGGGAAGAAGAUACACGGCUGGAGCUUUAGGACAGACUGUUUCUCCAGGUAGCGUUGAACAUUGAGAUGAGAAAUGUGUUCCUGCUGAUUUCUAUCCUUGCCUGAUCAGCAAUGUGGAGCUGUUGAUGUACAUGCCUAGAUUCAGCAAAGCCUGAAUAUGGAACAUCAGCUUCCCAAUAGACCUGUUAUGUUUAUACAGAGGCUUGUGUGGACAUAUUUAACAGUAUCCAAUGCUACAGAAGCUUUUACGUUUCAUUAGGAUGGUUCUACAACAAAUAACGAAUAAUAUGGAAUCAGCACUUUGGUCAGGAAAACCCUAUGGCUCCUCCCGCAGUAUUGUAAGGAAAAUUGGCUCAAACCUUUCUCUCAUUCAGUCUCCAAGAGUCCAUUUCCAGCUUAUACCCUACCCAGUGGAAAUAAAUACUCAGAAUGGGAAUGCAGUGGUAUCAUUUGCUGAUGUUGGAUGGGUUGCAAAAGAUGAAGGGGAAGCAUUCGCUAGGCUGCGUUCAGAAAUCCGUCCCAACCAAAACUCACCUGUGUUACCUGAGCCAAACCCUAUGGAGCGGCCGCUCAUCAGACAGACCUCUUUACCUGUGCUGGCGGAGGAGGAGGUUAAAACUCAAAAUGUGGCCAAUGAACAGGCAAUGCAAAAAAUUAGUGCCCUGGAGAGUGAACUUGCCAGUCUGAGAGCCCAAAUUGCAAAGAUUGUUACCCUCCAAGAACAGCAAAAUUUAACAGGUUCCUCUACAAGCACAGUCAAUGGUAGCCUUUCCACCUCCCCAUCAUCAGCUCCUCCUCCGCCUCCACCCCCUCCACCCCCACCCCCAAACCCUGGGCUCCACAAAAGUGUCUCAGCCAUUGACCUUAUUAAGGAGCGAAGGGGUAGGAAGACCAGCACAGACAUAACCCUCACAGACAGCGCACCAAAGAAGCCUGAAAUUCCGAGUAUGUUGGAUGUCCUCAAAGACAUGAACAGGGUGAAACUGCGUUCUGUGAAAAGGAGUCCAGAUGAACAAAAACACAAGCCAAGUGACCCAGCCGACCCAGCUACACUGAUAGCAGAAGCUUUAAAAAAGAAGUUUGCUUAUAGAUACCGAAGUGACAGCGAAUCUGAGAAGACCAUCUCCAAAGCAGAUCACCAACAAGCCUCAGAGAUGCCUCUGUUUGGACCUCAUAUGCUGAAAUCUACAGGGAAGAUGAAGACUCUCAUUCAAGCAUCACAUUCAUGAGAGAAGAAAAAGAUGUUUUAUAACUUCUAUAAAAUGUUCUUCCAGCAAAACGCCAUUUGGGAGUUUGGACUGGUCUGUAUUUAUAGCUUUACCAAAAUAUCUGGUAUGGCUGUAUGGAGAGUUCUUUUAAAGUCUUAACUAGUCAUAGUCAAGUGUUUAAUGUGAAAUAGAAGUGUGACACCAGUAUGUUUUUUUGGGGGGGCAGUAUUAGGCAUAGGGCUCUCCAGCCAGUUGUGCAUUUAUUGGGGUUGCUCUUUAGGAGACCACUGCACUGGGAUUGGAAGAAUUGAUAUAUAGAGUUGCAGUGGCUGAACACAUUGCCUUUGUCUGCAUUCCUUUCACUUAUUUUCAUAGAACAAAAAGCAAAGGGAACCUAUUUACCCAUCUUAGGGUAUCCAGUGUUCUUUCCCAAUCAUUGAUUCUAGGGGCAUGUAAUGAUUUCUGCCAACCACAAACCUUGAAAUACAGUUUAUAUCUAGAGUACAACAUGCCAGAUCUUAUUUAAUAACAAAAGCAUUUGUGCUUUUAUUAAGGUGCAUUAUGUUAAUAUUUAGGGAUGUACGAAAGAUUAAUUUUGGGAUUCUUUCCCUUUUUCAGGGGAUUUGGCAUAUGCAAAUGUGGUCCGUUAUUUGGCCAAAUCUUUCACAAGGGAUUUAGGGUUCGGCCAGAUCCAAAUAUAGUGGAUUCAGUAAAUCCCUAUUAAUAUUAGACAUGUAAACUACAGUACUGAGCAUCUUUAGGCAACUGUUAGAUCGGUUUCUGAGAUGUGAGUACUGUAAGUUAGUUGUCUACCCCCCCCACAACCCCCCCUCCCCAAAUUUAUUAAGAUGCAGAGAUAUAUUGGGAGCAUUAGCACCAAUAGAAUACCUAGCUUUUUAGGUAAAAAAAAGAAAAAAGUUGCAAAUUAUGUUAAAUGUAGGUCAUUGCUAUGCAACUGUUAUACUGUGGUGCAAUUGUGAGCUGCUGCAGGUCAUCCACUGAUUGGCUUCAGGGCUCAGGAGCCUGAAUGGUCAUCAUUCUUCCCAAAAACUGCGAGGGUUUUACAUGCCCUCAGUUCAGUAGUAGCUGCCUUGCCAGUGUCUGUUUAUUGUAGGUCAGUGGUUUUCUGUAUUGGCCAAAAUGUUCAACUUCAGUCUCAAAUAAUCUGAGCAGAAUAAUAACACUAAUCAUUCUAUGUAGGAGAGGCCAUUGCUGGGGUUUGUCAUGGUUUCUUUCUAAGAACCUAAAGAUUAGAGGAAGUGUGGCCUUAGCAGGAGAGGUAUACAUGGGUGCCUUAGCAGGAGAGGUAUACAUGGGUGCCUUAGCAGGAGAGGUAUACAUGGGUGCCUUAGCAGGAGAGGUAUACAUGGGUGCCUUAGCAGGAGAGGUAUACAUGGGUGCCUUAGCAGGAGAGGUAUACAUGGGUGCCUUAGCAGGAGAGGUAUACAUGGGUGCCUUAGCAGGAGAGGUAUACAUGGGUGCCUUAGCAGGAGAGGUAUACAUGGGUGCCUUAGCAGGAGAGGUAUAUAUGGGUGCCUUAGCAGGAGAGGUAUAUAUAUGUUUAUAUAGAAACAGCUGGCCAGAAGAAUACCCCAACAGGUGGCUAAAGUAUGUUUAGAGAAUGGUUUGUUCCCCAUUCGGUGGGUAUGUACAAUCGGGAGACUGCGAAAGUGAGAAUUUGAGCUGCAUUCGCACUGGCGCUCCUGUCAUUGCUGGGCAAAAGGAACUCAUCCUUUACAAUAGAGAUCCCUCUAAACAAGAUGCCAGUAUAUGAUAAAUGUAAUUAAAGGAGAAGGAAAUGUACAAGUACUGGGGGGUGCCAAAAUGUUAGGUUCCCCCAGUGAUUGUAAUCGCUAACCUUAUUCCCUGGACUUUUAGCAGAAACCCACACCAGCCCUGGGUAGCUGCAAACGAAUGUCUCCUCUUCCUUCUUCUGUUUUUGCGUCACUUGGGCAUGGGAUUCGGAAGAGCGAAGACAGACAGAAAGGCUUGCUGGCUCACAGUUACCCUGGCUAAUGUGGUUACAUGGGGAGAUUAGUUGCCCCAUGACAAAUCUUCGUUGUCGCAGUGCCAUCCCACCAGCUAAAAUGGAAAUGCAGGAAACUUCGGGCGACUGCGGGACAUCGCAGCGGCGCUUAUGCCAUCCCACCGGCGAUUUACAUUCUAGCCAGUGGGAUGGCAUUGCGGGGAGUUUAGUCGCCUGCGACAACAAAGAUUUUUUGAUGGGCGACUAAUCUCCCUGUGUACCCCUGCCCUUAUGGUGCCUUUAGAUAGUCCAUGGGAUUUUAGUCACAGGAGCUUGUAAUCUACACAUUCAAAGCUACAGUUUUAUUAGGAAAAUAGCAUAUAGCUUAUUAUGUUACAUGAGCAUCAGGAUUAGUCUCAUUUAUUUAUUUGCAUUGUAAAAGGAACUUGUUGUUCUGUUUAUUAGUAUUGUUGGCAGAAACCCCUGAUUGUGGCCGUUCUGUCUCGACCUUCUCCUCACAAGGGACAUGAAUGUUUAGAAGCUCCUGUUAGUACUGUAUAUAGUUCUCUCUCUGACACGAUUUUAAUGGAAGCUGACAAUGGUUAGAGUUUUAGAUUAACAGUUGAAUACUAAACUGUGUUAUCGUUAAUGGUACUUAUUUUGUUAUUUAAAAAGAAACCCUAUUGUAGUUGCUAAUUUUAUUGUAUUUAUACUAGCUAAUUGAAUUCUCCACUUGAAGGGAACCUCAGCUCCAUUUUGGUGAGUGAGUUUUGUAUGUGUGGGUAUGGGAGUAUGCUGCCUCUAACGUCUCCCCCCGUGGGAGAUUCACCCUUCUACCUGUACAAUGAGUAGCCAUGUCAGUAUAUAUCAAGUCACACACAGGACUCUACUGUGGAACUUCACUACUGCAAUGUCUUUGACAAAGUAUGAAACAGAUGGUUUGCCCCAAUAAAAGCCUUUGAAUAAAUGUGUAUGCAAUGCCUUAGCCAAAACUCUUUCAUGUUCUCAGUGUUAGAAUGUUUUUAAUGUGCAUAGAUAACUGCAGCUCUGUCGUGGGGGUUUAAAGGAAUCUGAGGUCUGACCCUGGCCAUGCCCAGACCUCCGCAGUAUGAACCCCACAGCUGUGCUACAAGUGCGCAGUUGAUCAAAUGGGUACUAUGGGGACUUGUGGUGCCAGUUCUGCCCCCUAGAUGGAGCCAUUGUGCACAGACUGGGUCAUUUAGGGCUCUGCCAGGCAGAUUGUUAGAUGGCUGGGCCUGCAAAUGGCUUACUUUUUUUUCUUUCACCCCAUAAAAGUGCCUGAUUUAACUAUAUUUAGCAUUAAAAUCAAUAGUUAUUUACAUCAUAUCCAAACAUGAGUUUAUUAUUACAUUGGGGUUUAAGCUUUAUUUGUAUAAAUGUCUGCAAAGUGUACAUUUAAAUCCUGCCUUUGCUUCCUCCUUUUGUAUGCUAUAUAACCGUACAUCUAUAUAUACUGAACAAAUAAAAGUAAAGACCCGGA